AUGGCUAACCCCCCACCCGAACCAGAUCUUCUACGUCCCUAUGGGGAUCCGGAAAAGGGCGUUGCUAAUAAUUGGUUUCGUGUGAAAUUCCGGUUCACAAGAGAAGAUAUCUUGAAGUGGAUGAAAGAUGUUGCAUCGAAAAACAAUCCCAACUGCCCCCCUGAAGAAUUAAGGACCGACGACCAUUUCAAAUUCUUGUUGGAAGUCUAUGACCAGCUUGAGUCUCUCGCGACGGGCGGUGAAAACUACGAAAAACCAGCCCUGAACAAGCACAAGUGCCACAUUUAUCGGGAGCUUAAUCCAGGCUAUGGCCCUAAACAGACUCAGAGCAAACUGGUUUCGGACUAUUUGGUCAAGUCGUGGACCAACAACUACGACAGCGGUCCGGAUGUCAGGAACAUCAACUUAAACUACUGGUGCAUCUAUGACCUGAUCGGUCUGUUCUUGAGUUUGCUGGGCAGUGCGCCUCCGGCAGCCGACAGAAACAACUACUUUCUUCCCCUAACUGCUGUCUACGCAAGAUGGUGCAGCAGACUCGCCGGGAAACUGAAGAAUAAGGCCAGCCAGGCGCCCUCCGAUCCUGGAGUCGGUCCCAUACCUAUGAUGUUCCAAUGCACUUGGCGUGACCGAAAAGAUGGGAAAGGUAAAUGGUUUUUCCUCGGCGCAUCGCUGGGAGGAGAUCAAUUCGCAGACAAUCCUUCCGGAGCAGAUUGGCAAAUGAAGGUGCAAAUGGAGCGGUUCCGAAUUCUGCGAGAGCAUCAACAAACGGUAAUGGUCCGGGACGGUGACUUCAACUCAACUGAGCCUGAAAAGAAUUUGCCCGAUGGGACGGGAAAUCUUUGGGGUAAUUGUGCCGAGACCUAUCCUUUCGUUCAAUGCAUGGACGCGUUCGAUGUGAUAAACAGCAACCAGAACGUGCAGGGCCUUGCCCUCUCGAAGCUGUUUAUCGACCAAAAAAAACCUGUUACAGAUUACAGCGGUUACGCUGAUGAUCUCAUCUGGAAAAGCGUCAGGCCUCCUUGUCGUAACUGCGGGGAUAUCCUCCGAAGGGUCCAGGCGAAUCAAGAUUUAUUUGCACAAGCAUUUGAGAUGGAUAGGGCUCCUCUCCGCAAUCCACCGGCUCCUCCACAAGACGCUGAAGUCGAGGAGGGUUUUGUCAUACGGGACAUGAAAGAACCACUGAUCCAAGAAAUGGUGGAGGUGACAUCGAAUUAG